CAACAACAAAGAGAAAGAGGUCAUACAUAAUAAACACAACCCACCUUCUCUUCUUCCUUUUCCCCUUCCCCAUUUUCAUCUUCCAACCAUUUAUUAGAUUCCUCUCUAAUGGACUUUUCUUUUCUCCACUCUAUUAUUGUAUAAAUUCUCAGCUAAAAAACAAGAAACCACAUCUCAAUCUUUUAAUUACUUGUUCAUAAUUGUUGCUGUUUUCAGUGGUUUUUCUUGGACUUCUAAUACACAAACUUCUCUUGAGUCUUGUUUGUUUUUGUUUUUUUCUGCAGAAAAAAAGAUUUGUACCAGUAACCCAUAUGUAUUUGCUAUAAAGGGAUUGAAGGGAAUAAUUAAAACUUUCAGAAAAUACAAUCAUAUAAUUUUUUUUUUUUUUUUGUUAAGCAAAGAAAAAAACUUUUCUUUCUUUUUACAUUUGAGUUUUGUAAAAUUUUAUAAGGGAGAAAAAAAAAUUGGACAGAUGGGAAAGCAAGGGCCUUGCUAUCACUGUGGUGUUACAAGCACUCCUCUUUGGCGUAAUGGACCACCAGAGAAGCCAAUACUUUGCAAUGCAUGUGGAUCUCGGUGGAGAACAAAAGGGACACUGGCAAACUAUACUCCUCUCCAUGCAAGGGCUGAACCAGAUGACCUUGAAGAUUAUAGGGUCUCAAGGUUCAAAAACUUGCCUGUAAAGAACAAAGAGGUGAAGAUGCUGAAACGAAAGAAAUAUCAUGACAAUCCUGAAAUUGGAAUUCUUCCUGAAUAUAAUCAGAGUUUCCACCGUAAGGCUUUUGAUGAAGAUACAAGCAAUAGGUCAAGUUCCGGCUCUGCCGUCUCAAACUCUGAAAGCUAUGGACAGUUUGGUAGUGCUGAAGCAAGUGAUUUGACAGGCCCCGGGCAAUCAAAUAUAUGGGAAGGAAUGGUGCCUUCAAGGAAGAGAACAUGUGUUGUCAAUCGUCCAAAGCAAUCUUCAGUUGAAAAGCUUACCAAAGACCUGUAUACUAUCUUACAUGAACAACAACAACAAUGUUCGUACUUCUCCGGAUCUUCUGAAGAAGAUUUGCUUUUUGAAAGUGACAAGCCUAUGGUCUCUGUUGAGAUAGGACAUGGAAGUGUGCUCAUUCGGCAUCCAAGUUCUAUAGGUAGAGAAGAAGAAUCAGAAGCCAGCUCUUUGUCGGUUGACAACAAACACCAUUCUUCCAAUGAGGCUUAUUCACAAUUGACUACUCCACCUGUAAAUAUUAGUAAGGGUAUCAAUGCCUCAAACCUGAUAACUGAGAGAACUAAGAAGCCUACUGGUCAAGGAAUGGAACAAGACCAGAUUAAAAGGAGUAAGGAUCACCUUGAAAAAUUGCAGAUUCUCGGACAUCAUAAUUCGCCACUGUGCCACAUAGACAUUAAGGAUGUACUUAAUCAUGAAGAAUUCACAAGUCAUCUGUCAAGUGAUGAACAACAGCAACUACUAAAGUACUUACCUCCUGUUGAUUCUUUUUCACCUCCAGAGAGUCUCAGGAGCAUGUUCGAGAGCUCUCAAUUUGAGGAGAAUUUAUCUACCUUCCAGACACUUCUUGCAGAAGGCGUUUUUGAUAACUCGUUCCCUGGGGUGACUGUAGAAGAAUGUAGAACCUUGAAGAGGUUUAUGUUGUGCUAUUUAAUGAAAUCAAAGUGGGUGGAACAAUUUAAUCUUCUUAAGACAGAAGUUAGAGCCAAUUUACUUGUAUGUCAGGACAUGAAAUGUAAAAAUAGUAGCAGUAGUUCUGAAGUUGCAGGAGGGCCCAAUGUUAUUGGCACAGGUCAUUCAGUGAACAUGAAGAGACCACGCGACGGACAACAUCCAAAAUAUUUAGGGGCAAACAUAACAAUGAAGAGCCCCAAGAGAGUGGUGAUGAAAAGCAGCUAUGAACAGAAGGAAAUCAUAGAGAAUGAUGGCUCUUGCUUCAGUCCAAGAAGCCUUUUUGCAUUGCCAUCUGAGAAUUCCUUCCGUUUUGCAAAUGAAAGUUCUGAUCAGGACUUGCUGCUGGAUGUGCCAUCCAACAGCUCCUUCCCUCAGGCAGAACUCCUCCUACCAACAGCAAGUUUUGCAGCUCAAGCAAGCACAGGUAGUAGCUCAAUAUACCCGCACCUCAUCCAGCCCUAGAAAUGCCAUCACGCUUUCUGUGGCCAAACCACAUUACUCUCUCUGCAUGUCCCAUACCAAAUAUAUAGAAGUUCCGCGAAGGGAUUCAGAUGGUUGCCUUUUACCUUUUUGCCGGUAACCUAAUAUGAAACGAAAUUUUGGAUUUAGCGGAUGGAUAUGUUUGUUUUCUUCCCCUUUUGUAUAGGUUGACAAAUUGUACAAUAUAGCUGAAAAUGCAGAGGUGGUGAUGUCUAGAGAUUUUUGUAUGCACUAAAGUUUUUUAAACAUAAAUUGAGGACACCCUUCUGUCUUUUAGUUC